UGAUAACAGAUUUUCUUAUAUUAUUAUUAUUAAAUUGCAAUUUGCCAAAUUUAAUUAUUCCUAGGUUUUGUUUAGACGAAACGAAAAGAAUAAACUAUAUUGACUUCUUAUCCAUAUCAAAUAGAAGACAGUAAAUAAAAUGAGUGGUACUAAGUCUUCUAUUGCGCAAUGUCCACCAGUACCCGGAGAACAGGAAAUUGAAGAAGAUUUAAAAAAUGUCGAAGAAGCUGAAACUCCAUUAUUGACUGAUGAUGCUAAAGUUUUAUUGGAGUCAAUCGGAGCAGAAAUUCCAAAAAAUGACACUCAAGAAUCAGCACAAAAACUUGUAGAUAAUGUUGAUGAAUUAGAGCAGACAAUUUCAGCUUUAGAUAAAAAAUACAGUGAAUUAAUGAGUUGUGAAAAAGAAUUGGAACUAGUUGAAGAAGAAAUUGAUAAGCAAAUAAAAGAAAUGUCUAGUUAUGUAGCUGAUAUCAACUCGACUCCCAUAGCAAAGUUAACGUGAAGAAUAUAUUUUACAAUUAAAACUAUCAUUUUUAUGUACAUGUAUAAUUUUUUAAUAUUGAUAAAUAUGUAAAUCUUGUACUUUUAAU